AUGCCUAUGAUCAGAAGAGUGAAGCAGAAACAACGGCAAAGAAUGCUCGAAAGCGGUGGAAUUUACGAUCAUUAUGAUAUGGACUGUUGGCAUGGAAUGAUACCAAAUGAAGAUACAGCAAUGUUGUUAAAGAACAGUGGAGAUUUUUUAAUGCGAGCUGUAGAGUAUGAAAAUGGCUAUAAAAUUACGCUCAGCAUUAGAUGGGGUGGAAAAGUAAUAAACGCUGAAAUAAUUCCCGGAGAACGAGGGGGCUAUGAUUUUCGGGGUGAACACUUUUGUCAAGCAAAAGAUUUGAUUGAUUCAUACCAGGUCACUAAACGACCUUUGGGGGUUGAUAACUCUAUUGUAACAUUAGAAAUGCCUAUUCGUCGACAAAGUUGGGAACUGCAACAUAAAAUGAUUCAUUUAGGCAAAGAACUUGGGAGAGGGUCAUUUGGAACUGUAUACAAAGGAACUCUCACUAUAGGAACUAGAAAACCGAUUACAGUAGCCGUGAAGGAACUUACAGAAAUAACCGUAGAUGCCAGUAAUGCUUUAUGGAGGGAAGCAAGAGUUAUGCGCAUGUAUGAUCAUCCAAAUGUCACCAAAUAUUACGGUGUAGCCAAUGAUUAUACGCCGUAUUAUCUAGUAAUGGAGUUUGUAUUUGGUGGAGCUGUAGAUGAGUACCUUAAGCACAAAGGCAAGAAAUUAUCGGUAAAAGCUCGAGCAAAAAUCUUGAAAGAAGCUGCUACUGGACUUGAAUAUUUACAUCGUCAAAAUUGCUUACAUCGAGAUAUUGCUUGUCGCAAUUUAUUAAUUGGUGAAAUUGUUAAGGUAGCUGAUUUUGGCAUGACAAGACAUACAGAAAUUUACAAAAUUGACCCUAAUAAACCAUUGAAUUUACGGUGGUUAGCACCUGAAGCAUUUGAUAAAGCAAUUGUAAAUAAAGCAACAGACGUUUAUGCGUAUGGCAUAACAAUGUAUGAGUGCUACACAGUACCAUACUGCAUUCCAUAUAAGGAAUGGGGAGCAGAUGAGGUGUACGAGCAAGUGGUACAAGGAGGUUACCGAUUAGAACCACCAGACUUAAUGCCAAAAGCAAUAGCAGAUUUAAUGAAAGAAUGCAUUGGUCCAGAAAAAAAUAGACCAUUAUUUAAAGAAAUUAUUGUUGUGUUGGUAUCAUACAUAGAAGAUAAAUUAUAA